AUGGCACCUGAACAUCUUUAUAAGACCUUCAUGGCUGCUGUACCAAGUUCUGCCCUUCCUUGCAGAUUCAGCGACCUGCCUGGGGUGCUCAGGUUGCCCCCAGUCCAAGCCGUCUUUUCCCUCUUUCCUCAUCCAGGGGGAAAACGUGACGAAAAGCUGAUCCUGCCUAUUAAUUCAUCCCUCAGCGUCACCCUGCACCAAGAUCAGCUGAAAACGACCACCACAGCCGCCCUCAGCCGGGACUUCACGCAGGACCGCCUCUGGCUGAACGGGGAGCCGAGUGACAUCGAACACCCCCGUCUCCAGUCUUGCCUGCGGGAAAUCCGCCGUCUGGCUAGGAAGCGCCGUGGCGAGAGCAGCGGUGGCGGCGAGGGGGACCCCCCUCCCCUGAGCCAGGGUUACAAAGUCCACAUCGCCUCGGAGAACAAUUUCCCCACUGCAGCGGGACUGGCGUCUUCUGCCGCCGGCUACGCCUGCCUGGUCUCCACCCUAGCCCGGCUGUAUGGCGUGGAGGGAGACCUUUCCGAAAUUGCUCGCCAGGGCUCCGGAAGCGCCUGCCGGAGUAUGUUUGGGGGCUUCGUGCAGUGGGUGAUGGGGGACGAGGCCGACGGCAAAGACAGCCUGGCCCAGCAGGUGGUGCCAGAGACGCACUGGCCUGAGCUGAGGAUCGUGAUCCUGGUGGUGAGUGCGGAGAAGAAGCUGGUGGGUAGUACAGCAGGAAUGCAGGACAGCGUAAAGACCAGCCUCCUGUUGAAGCACCGUGCCAAGGCUGUUGUCCCGGAGCGCAUGGCCCAGAUGAUCCACCACAUCCAGCAGAGAGAUUUUGAGGCCUUUGCCCAGCUCACCAUGAAGGAGAGCAACCAGUUCCACGCCACCUGCCUGGACACCUUCCCCCCCAUCUUCUACCUCAACGACGUCUCCAAGCAAGUGAUUGCCCUGGUGCACCGUUUUAACGCCCACCAUGAAAAGACCAAAGUGGCCUAUACGUUUGAUGCGGGUCCCAACGCGGUUCUUUUCCUGCUGGAUGAGACACUGGAGGAAUUCGUGGAGGUGGUCAAACGCAGCUUCCCCCCCAAGGAUAACGGAGGCCAGUUUCUUAAAGGUCUUCCCGUGAAGGCAGCGAGCCCCCCGGAGGACCUGCUGACAGAGGUGGUGCGGGAUCCCAUCCCGGGAGCCAUCCGGUACCUGCUGAUCACCAAGCCUGGCCCAGGACCAGCAGCCGUGGAAGACGGGAGCUGCCAUCUCCUGGGGGCAGACGGGAUGCCGCGAAGCAGCCGCUGAGCCGAGCCGAGACAAGAGGUCCCUCUCUGGGGCCGCGAGGGGGAGGGAGGGAGGGAGGCGAUUCCAGAAGAGACCCCUUUUGAGGGUCUCCUCUUCUCCUCUCCUCCUCGCCUGUGUCCCACACUCUUCCCUUUGAUGCAAGGCCUCCAGUCUGUGGAAGUCGCUGGCCCAGAAGUAUUUGUGUAAAUAAAUAAGCUUCAGUUUCUUCGACACUGUUUUAAUCUUUGAGAGAGGCUUCUAAAAUAAAUGAGGGAGCUAC